AUGAUAAGUACAGGAAAUGUGGAAUCUGCAAUUGAACUAAUAUUUGCAGCUUUCUUCACCACUGCCAGCGCCACUACUUCUAUGAUCUUACUCUUAUUGAAACACCCAUUGGUCAUAAAAAAGAUCCAGCUGGAACUGGCCUCCAAUGGAUUCACUGGGCAGUGUCAGUGCUUUGGAGCUGAGGAUUUUCUAACAAAAUACCCGUCUGGCCAAAAAACUUUGCCUGCACAUGAGAAGGAAAAGAAAGAGGGUGACUCCAACGUGCCUCUUCCACCCAGAUUGGGAAGAGAACAAGGGCGAGAGACCACGAUGGAAGAGAAAGGACCUAAUAUAAACAUCAUGGCUAAAGGGUCCCAGGAUAUUGUCCAUGGAACUACAAAUGGUCCUAGCUCAUUGUCCAGGCUGGAAGAAACAGGCCAGUUCUUUAGCAGUCUGGAAAGAUCUGAGUAUUGUUGCCACCCUUACUUGACCCUGGAGAAGUUGAAUCAUCUGCGCUACUUGGACUGUGUCAUUAAAGAAGUUCUCCGUUUGCUGCCCCCAGUAUCUGGAGGGUAUAGGACAGCCUUACAAACCUUUGAGCUAGAUGGCUACCAGAUUCCGAAGGGUUGGAGUGUGAUGUAUAGUAUUCGAGAUACACACGAGACUGCCAGCAUCUACCAGAGUCCCCCCGAUACUUUUGAUCCAGAGAGGUUUUGGGUAUCGCCGGAAGAUCAGGAGGAGCACAAAACUUCAGCCUCCUUCCGGUUUCACUACAUUCCCUUUGGUGGCGGAGUCCGCAAUUGCAUAGGCAAAGAACUGGCCAAGGCGAUUCUCAAGAUGCUUGCCAUUGAAUUGGUCAGCACAGCCAGCUGGGAAUUGGCCACAGCUCAUUUCCCCAAAAUGCAGACCGUGCCUAUUGUGCACCCUGUAGACGAUCUUCAAGUCUAUUUCCAUUCUCUGAAGGCUGGCCAUGAAAGCAGCAGUGGAACAGGCAAAGUCAACGCCUGAAUGCAUAGACAUCUCCAUUACAUCUCUAGUUUAGGAAUAGACUAAGACAGGC